AUGGCGACGACGCUCGCGCGAGGGAAGAAGGGCGGGUUCCUCAGCGAGUUGAGCGAGAUCGCGGAGGAGAACGACGCGACCGGCGCCGCGGUCGAGUUCGCCCUCCCGCUCGAGAUUCAAAAGUACCCCAGCGCGAAGCUCCGGGACGAGAACAAGAAGAUUGGCGUGUUCGACGCGGAGCUGAAGAAGCUCGCGGACGCGAUGUUCGCGAAGAUGUACGAGAGCGACGGCGUCGGACUCGCGGCGCCGCAGGUUGGCGUCAAUUACCGCCUCAUGGUGUACAACGAAGCGGGAGAGCGCGGCAAGGGCGCGGAGGUCGUCAUGGUCAACCCGAAGAUCGUGAAGUUCUCGAAGGAGAAGGACAUGUUCGAAGAGGGGUGCCUAUCGUUCCCGGCGAUUUACGCGGACGUGGAGAGACCGACGGCGGUGACGAUCGAAGCGCAGAACGUGAACGGUAAAAAGUUCAAGAUGACCCUCGACGGGUUCCAAGCCAGGGUGUUCCAGCACGAGUACGACCACCUCGACGGCGUGUUGUUCCACGAUCGCAUGGCCGCCGACGUCGUCGCGAAGGUGCGCGCGGAGUUGGACGACUUGAUCGCGGCGCACCCGGAGGGGGAACCCAAGGCUUUGUGA